AUGGUGGAAAUAGAGGAGGUAGGGCUGAGGUUAGUCACACAAGAGGCGGUAGGGGUGGUAAGAAAGGAGGCUGGUAGUAAGAAAGGUGGUAGUGGUAUUGGUGGCAACUCAAAUAAAGAUAGCAAUAGUGAAACAAGAGUUAGUAAUGAAGGCUGCAACGUUCUACAUGGUGGAAAUAGAGAUGGUAUUGGUAGAAAAGUUAUCAACUUUGAGCAAAUUCUGAUUAAGUAUUAUAAUGGUUGCUUAUUUCACACAGUUCAGAAGGAUUUUACUGCACAGACCGGUGACCUUACUGGUACUGGAGCUGGUGGUGAUUCUGUCUAUAAAUUUCUGUAUGGUGAUCAGGCUCGAUUUUUUAGCGAUGAAAUUCAUCUUGACUUAAAACAUUCAAAGACGGGAACUGUUGCAAUGGCUAGUGCUGGAGAAAAUUUGAAUGCAUCCCAGUUCUAUUUCACUUUGCGUGAUGAUCUGGACUAUCUUGACGGGAAGCACACUGUGUUUGGAGAGGUAGCUGAAGGGCUUGAAACUUUAGCGAGGAUCAAUGAAGCUUAUGUGGAUGAAAAGAAUAGACCUUUUAAAAAUAUCAGAAUCAAACACACCUAUAUACUCGAUGAUCCUUUUGAUGAUCCUUCCCAGCUGGCAGAAUUGAUUCCUGAAGCUUCUCCCGAAGGAAAACCAAAGGAUGAGGUUGAUGAUGAGGUGCGGCUUGAAGAUGAUUGGGUGCCCAUGGAUGAGCAAUUAGGUGCAGCGGAGAUUGAAGAGGUUCUUCGAUCGAAGGAAGCACAUUCUAGUGCAGUUGUGCUUGAGAGUAUUGGGGAUAUUCCUGAAGCUGAGAUAAAGCCUCCAGAUAAUGUCCUAUUUGUGUGUAAACUAAAUCCAGUCACUGAGGAUGAGGACUUGCAUACAAUCUUUUCACGCUUUGGAACUGUUAUAUCGGCUGAUAUAAUUCGUGAUUAUAAGACUGGAGACAGCUUGUGUUAUGCAUUUAUAGAGUUUGAGACCAGAGAGGCAUGCGAGCAAGCAUAUUUUAAGAUGGAUAAUGCUUUGAUUGAUGAUAGAAGGAUUCAUGUGGAUUUUAGUCAAAGUGUUGCCAAACUAUGGUCUCAAUACAGGCGCAAAGACAACCAACUGGAUAAAGCGGGAAGAGGUUGCUUCAAAUGUGGUGCUCUUGAUCAUAUGGCCAAGGAUUGCACUGGGGAUCCUGCCAACAAACAUCAGCCUUCAAAAUACAUACUAAAGGACGAUCAUAUGCAGCGUGGUGGAGAUAAUAAUUCAAGAUAUGAAAUGGUAUUUGAUGGCGACACUCCAGAAAGUCCAAGGCCGGAAAAGAGACGUGGACACCAUGAUCCAGAUUACCAAAUUGACAGACAAAAGAAAGAUGGAAACGAGAGGUACAGGAAGAGUGACAGGGAUAGAGGACACAAAGGGAACAAAUGGUAUCCUGAAAGUAAAGGAAGUCGAUAUUCUGACAGGGGGAUUGAUAGAGAAAAGCAUAUGGAUAGAAGAAAAGACCGAAGUAAUGAAAGAAGAGAUGAUCGAGAUUACAGAAAGAGAAGUUCAGAUAGUCAGAGAGAUUAUGAUAGCCAUAAAGACGAUCGAGAUUACAGAAAGAGAAGUUCAGAUGGUCAUAGAGAUCAUGAUAACCAUAAGGGCAAGAGGGAUGAGCGAGAACAUAGACGUUGA